UCUGAAAAGCAGCAUGCUGUGGUAGGUCACAUUCAGCAAUGGAUGGGAAAUAAAACGUAUAAAGUUGGUUUUACCCAGUCAAGCCCGUUUUCGCGCCGACAUCUACUAUCUGCUGUUUCAACGGCAAAUCCGUGGCACUUUUUUUGUUAUUGCAAGAAUGGUUGUGUUGCAAAAUGUGUCUCCUCCAAGCGAAGGAGUUAGACAUGAACAAACUGACAUUACCGCAGUGUUGGACGGAAAGGGACUCGGUCCAGGAACUCUGUGUGUGGCUGAAACUCGUGUCUCCUGGUUCGAUGGGUCAGGAGUGGGAUUUUCUUUGGAGUAUCCAUCAAUUAGUCUCCAUGCUAUCUCACGUGACCUGAGCACCUACCCCGAGGAGCACCUGUAUGUGAUGGUUAACUCCAAGUAUAAAGAAUAUUCCAAAAAUGAGGAGGAAAAGACCAAGGACGAAGGUAAUGACGGCAGCAGUGAAGACAGCGAGGACUCCGCGAGUGUCGUCACGGAGAUCCGUUUUGUUCCAAACGACAAAGGCUCUCUGGAGACCGUGUUCGCGGCCAUGUCCGAGUGCCAGGCCCUGCACCCUGAUCCGGACGACUCGGACUCCGAUUUUGACGGUGACGAGUAUGACGUCGAGGAGGCAGAGCAGGGCCAAAUUGAUCUGCCCACAUAUUACUCAUUCGAGGAGGGCAUGUCGCAGCUGACGGCGGAAGGACAGGCCACGCUAGACAGGCUGGAGGGAAUGCUGGCGCAAGCAUCAGACCCACAGCACCGCAUGGCGGGAGUCAGGACGCACGACGCAGCGGACGCCGUAAAUGACACGUCUAAGAUGGACUCUGGUGCUCGGGGAGUUUCUGGACAGUUUGACGAUGCUGAUGUUGACCACUGAAGCACUUGAAAAGAAGCUGGACGAGCGUAGCGGGGGGAGAAGCUGACAUGCCGUAUAAAUGCUACUAGGCUGAACCACUGUACACUUGAUGGCUAACCCUCAAUACUGCUGCAUUGUGAUUUAUAUCUAGCUUUUUUCUUUUUUUAAUCGACCUCCUUUUCUUCUCACAAGGACCAGUGAAUACGAAUUUGUCUGUUUUGAUGUAAAUAAAACUAAAAGCAUUCUGCUGUGGCAUCUUAAGUGGAAGUCCAUCUGAGUGUCUUCAUUCCUCACUUUGAUGUUGCCUGAAGUGUUGCUGGGGCCAGCAGCCUCUAGUUUUUGUCCUGCACAUGUCUCCAGUGAGCUGGGGAUCAGGUACGGUCAUGCCUGCACGGCUGAGCUCACGUCCUCCACCCCAGCCCUAUCCCAGCCCUACCAGCCACUGCUGAGAGAAGCACUCCUUUGUCUGUCUCCCUCUACUUCCUGUGUGACUGCAGGGGGGUUUGUCACAAUGUUGGUCCUCUUUUAGAGGGGUGAGACGGAGAUGGACUAGCCCACCCUGCCACCCCUGAGUUUUUACUCAUGCUGUAGUCUGAAAUGGUAUAUUAGUACGGCGUGAUCCUGUAACUCUGCUGCAUGAGGGUUGAAACCGUUUCCUGUUCUUUCCGAAACGAGCAGACUGUUUGUACUCCCUUCCCUUUGGUGCCUGACCAUGAACUGACGUGCAUCUGAAAUGGCAAAACCUCCUCAAGCUCUCAGUAGUUGAAUAAAACCUUUUUUUGGGUUUGUUUAAUAGCUCUGCAAGUUGAGUGAUACUUUAAAUAUUUAUAGAUAUUUUCUUCAAUUAGAUGGCUAAAUAUCUCGGCGUAGGGACAGAUUGUGGUUACUUUUCUGCUGCACAAUUUAAGGGAUAAAAUCUUAAACCACUGUCAGCUUGUCCACUAGCUCCUACUCAACUUUCCCCUGAGAUGUCCAGGGUAAUUACAGGGUGAAACUGCUUUCAAGAGCUGUGGCUGGAAUGAAAUUUUUCCACUGCAUAGAAAACUAUGAUUCAUUACUAGUAGCAUAGAGCAUCUGCGCUUUUUCUUUUCCACAGUUGCACAACCUGGUACAAAACGGAGCCUUAGCUACUGUACAGUAUUGAGCUGAUCAAGUUCUGCCUGGUGUUGUGAUCCCUCAUUUGUUAGUCUAUUAAUAAGCUCACAAUAUCAGACCUGAAUCCAGUGAAAUGUCCUUUUGGAAAAAAAAAAAAUAAUAUUCUGAAUAAUACUCAUCUGAAAGUCUUGGCUUAAGUGUACAUUAAUACAUAAUGUCAUGUAUGUUUAUGGGUCAAUGCUGUAUUAUUCUGUGGGUAAUUUCUAUGGUUUGCUCAGUCAUGCUAGUGUUAUGGUCUCAAGCUUUGUUCCAAACCUUCAGUAAAACAAUUCCUUGGUAAUAUGACUUAAUUUAUCAUUUUUAACCCUCCCAUUCUCUCACUUGUGUAUACACAUCCCCACCAGAUCAAUAUUAAACAAAACUUGUUGCAC